AAGUCCUCCCUCCCUCUUUCUCUCUCUCUCUCUCUCAAACGUCAAAACUGUCUCUGAAGUUUUCCAUUCAUGAGUUUUGGUCGUCAUCAAUGGAUAAUCUUGAAGUUUUCUUGAAAUGGUUUGCGUUUGGGUGGUCAGUUGCAGCUGUUUUGUUAUUUGUUGUGACUCGGUUUUACAUGCCCAAUACGUUUGCAGACAAGGCGAUGGAAAUAAAUAUGAAAUGGAGGAAGGAGAAGGAGGAGAAGAAAAAGACCAAGGCACAGAAACAACUAGCUCAGUUAACAAUCCGAAAGCAAACUACAGUUGACAGAGUGCAGAACGCCAUGAUCCAUAUGUUGGAGAAGCACAGCUCAAGGAUGAGUUACUCAUAUCUCCUCAAUGCAACCAAUUGCUUUAGUGAUGAUAAUGUCAUUGGGUUAGGGAAAUUGGCAACUUUGUACAAAGCAACAAUUGGGAACGGUAAUUUCCUCACUGUCAAGAGGUUUAAAGAUUUCCCCCACAUCGAGCAAAAGUUUAUGCGUGAAAUAAUGACUAACGGCCGGUUAAGACACAAAAAUUUAGUUUCCCUAUUGGGAUUCGGCAAAGAAAAGCAAGAGAAGCUUCUAGUUUACAGUUACAUGGCAAAUGGUAGCCUAUAUGACUGGUUGCAUCCAAUGGAAGUGGGAUGCAAAAGGCCUACUUUGAAUUGGCCUCUGAGAUAUGUAAUCACAGUUGGGAUAGCAAGAGGUUUGGCAUGGCUCCACCACAAUCGUAACUACAGAGUAACUCAUGGCAACAUAUGCUCCAAAUUUAUCUUUCUAGAUAAGCAGUUUAAUCCAAAAAUAUCGUCUUUUGGAGGGACAAGGAUCGUGGGAUCCAGCAAUGUGAGGAUGAGAAUCUGUGAGAAGAGUGAAUUUAGAGAAUCAGACGAUGUGUAUGCUUUUGGAAUUCUGCUUGUUGAAGUGAUAACAGGAGAAAAACCCGAGGACGUGUCCAAUUUGUGUGAAGGUUUUGAUGGGACUUUGAUUGGUGGAAAUCUGCUCAAUGCCAUCGAUAGUUCAUUGAUUGGAAAAGGAUUUGAUAGCGAGAUCUCUCAGGUUCUCCAAGUAGCACUUGACUGUAUCGGGCUUUCUUCAAAUGGAAGGUCAACAAUGCUGGAGGUAUACAGAUAUCUAAGUUCCAUUGGAGCAAAAAAGGAAAGCGCGUAUACUUUUGGGACAUCCAAUCAAAUUGGAGAUGGAUGUGGUACUCAUAUGGCUGAACACUCAGGUAUUGAUAUUAUUGAAGAAGUUGAAUGAUCUACAUCAUUAAAAGCAUUGUACUUUUUUUAGAUAAUCACAGUAUAUACACCCAUUUUGGGAACUGAUCAUGAAUAUGGUAUAAUUAUUUGUUUGAACUCUUUUUUUUUUGCCAUAUGUUAAUCUUAAUUUAUUCUA